GUAACCAAUCUAUGGUUUUAUGAACACUGCCAUAAGCCAAACCUUGACACCGUGAUUCUAUCACGUUACCGCUCGUGGUCAUCUGGUACCCACAGACGCCCAACCCAAUCUCAGGACUGCGUCAUGCCACCCUCAACGUCGCAAGUGAAGGUUAUAUAUCUCCCAGGUAUAGGAGAGACACGCGUGGUCACAUUGCCUUCGAUGAGGGAUGUGGAGGGUCAUUCAUGAAUGACAUGCAUUUUUACGAUACUUACUCUUUGCAUUUUCUUUGGCUGGUUCCGAACUUCCGCUUCGUUAUGGUCACGUUCACCCCCUUUUGUGGUAUAUUUACUUAUUUCGUUAAAUCUUCUGGCACAAAACACUUACUAUACAUGUCUAUUCUAAUAUCCACCGCAAUUUUUUUGGGAAGCACAACUACAGGUAGACCUAAUAGACGAUGUCGUCCCUCCACUACAUCCCCAAUUUGUGUGUUCCUGGUUGCAGAAAGUGCACGGUCUCCGACUCUCCGUCACCAGGGGCAAAUGCCGCGUAACAGAGCCUUCCUGUCCCUGGUGACUACCAUACUACACCGCGGAGGAUGGACCCGUCCCGAAACACAUUAUGUUAGUCAUGCUGUAAAUCUGAUCACACGUGUUAUGCAUGUCCGACCACGAGAUCUCAUGAACGCUAACGGGUUACAGAAGAAAUAAUAGGGGUGCGCGAACACAAGCGAAUUUCUGAAGCGGAAGCACCCUCAUU